UGUUGUCAUUGGGUCAGUGGCGAGGUUAUCGAAGUGUUUUGUUAAAAUUUGUUAGUGUAAGGUCGAAAAAAGUGAGGCAUAAAGUAUUCUGAUGUAAAAAGUAGUUAGUUGACUUAUAAGUAAUAUUUCAUUUACGAGUGAAAUUCGUUGAAGAGAAAUUGAUAAUUAAAUGCUAUUUGUCGAGGAAUAAUUUAUAAUUAAAGGGAAGAAACAUUGUAUAUGUGUAAUAAUGGUGUCGUUAACUUCUAAAUAUAUACUUUCAACGAUAUAUAAAUCAAAUAGCAUUAGGGCAUUAUCUACAACAUAUUCAAGAAAUGCGAAAGUGACUUUCGAUUGGGUGGACCCAUUCAAUUUAGAUGGACAACUCCAUGACGACGAAAAAGCAGUGCGAGAUUCAUUCAGGGCCUACUGUAAUGAAAAGUUAUUACCUCGUGUAGUUGAGGCAAAUAGGAAUGAGGUGUUCCACAGAGAAAUCUAUAAUGAACUCGGUGAAUUAGGCGCUCUGGGUUGUACCAUUAAAGGUUACGGAUGCGCUGGAGUUUCUUACGUUACGUAUGGUCUCAUUACAAGAGAACUAGAUGGCGUUGACUCCUCUUAUAGAUCAGCGAUGAGUGUGCAGAGUAGUUUGGCAAUGGGUUCGAUUUAUAUGUACGGAACUGAAGACCAGAAACAGAAAUACUUACCACGCAUGGCUACAGGUGAAUUAAUUGGUUGUUUUGGGUUAACGGAACCCAAUUUCGGAAGUGAUGCUGGAGGAUUAGUUACCAGAGCGAAACACGAUGCAAAAAAUAAAUGUUACGUUUUAUCAGGAUCAAAAACUUGGAUAACCAAUGCACCAAUCGCUGACAUUAUUAUCGUUUGGGCAAAAGACGACGCAGGUAAAGUACGCGGUUUUAUAGUCGAACGAGCCGAGGUAAAGAAAGGUUUAGAUACGCCCAAAAUCAAUGGGAAAUUUUCUUUGCGGGCAUCGACAACCGGAAUGAUAUUGCUCGACGAAGUGGUUAUACCGGAGGAGAAUUUAUUGCCGAAUGUAGUGGGCCUGAAGGGGCCGUUCGGAUGUCUCAAUAACGCGCGAUACGGUAUCGCCUGGGGCGCUCUCGGAUCCGCAGAGACGUGUUUGCAAAUAGCCCGGCAGUACACAUUAGAUAGGAAACAAUUCGGGCGGCCUUUAGCUUCGAAUCAACUUGUACAGAAGAAGCUGGCUGAUAUGCUGACGGAAAUAAAUAUUGGCUACCAGGCCUGUUUGCGUGUUGGACGUUUGAAAGACGAAGAUAAAGCAGCUCCAGAGAUGAUAUCCUUAAUUAAGAGAAAUAGUUGCGGUAAAGCAUUAGAGAUUGCCAGAGUAGCAAGAGACAUGCUUGGAGGUAAUGGGAUUUCUGACGAGUAUCACAUCAUACGGCAUGUUAUGAAUUUAGAAGCAGUCAACACUUAUGAAGGAACGCACGAUAUUCAUGCGCUUAUAUUAGGAAGGGCUAUUACUGGAUUACAAGCCUUUUCUUAAAAAUAUCAAAUAAAAGCUUUUUGUUAUGUUGUUAUUUUUUUAUCAAAUUUGUAUAUUUAACUAUUUAUG